AUGGAACUCAGGACCAAUUCAAACAAAUUGGACCCCAAACAGCUUGGCCCCUUCAAAAUCAUCAAAAAGGUCUCCAGCCACGCCUACCGUCUAGAAUUACCAGACACCUUGAAAAUCCAUGAUGUCUUUUACGUUGGGUUAUUGUCCAAAAAGGGAGAAGAGGAAUACAAGGUUGAGCAGAUCAUUGAUUCCAAAAAACAACAGGGAAGAUGGUUUUACCUGAUAAAAUGGAAAGGUUACGGUCCGGAAGACAACUCCUGGGAGCCCAAAGAACUAUUGGAACAUAGCCAGGAAGAAAUCAAGCGUUUCAACCAAGCCAGACUCAGAAAGGCUUGUGACGCCGCCAAGAGCCUUUAA